CUUUUAGAAAAUCAUUUUGAAAUUAUUACCAAUAAUACUGUACUCAACUUACUUCAUAAUGAAGAGUUCUAUUCAAAAUGUCGUCAAAUAGCAUCUAUUCUUAAAUCAGUAAAAAAAUUAACAAAUAUUCUUAAGGGUCAAAAUGCAAAUUUAGCCAAAUGUUUUGUUGAAAUUGAUGAUAAUUAUAUAGAACAAACAUUAACUGAUAAUUUAAAUAUUAGUCAAAUCGUUAAUUUAACUCUACCUGAGUUUUUAUCUACCAAUAACAAUUUAUUUGAAUCUGCUAUCAAUAGAUUAUUCUCUCAUGAAAGAGCUCAGAAUUUAGGGAAUACUGAAUAUGAUCUAAUUCGUCUGGCACAACAAAUGACAAAUGAAGAAAAUAAUGAAGUUAAUAAUUUGUAA